UUCUUUACGAUGGCCAAUGUUGACAUUGUGGCUGUGGUAACUAGUGAUAAGACAACUCGUCAGCCAUGUUCUUUUAUAGUUACAUGAUAAUGGUCAGCCACCUCGGUAGCUUGCAAGCUGAAACAUUGAAGCUCUUUAGACUCGUUCGUGUAUAUUAUCCACUGUGUUUUAAACUCACUUAUGUCGUCUAGCUAGUUAUCCCAUUUAAUUUCAUAUUUACAUUGUUGUUAUUAGUCAGCUAGCUGGCUGGUUUAGUUCACUAGCCUAGAUAGCUAACUGUUAGCUAACACCUCCGACCAUGAGUUCACUGAGCUACUCUCCUCCUGCUAAAGAAGAGGAGGUCUGCUGGACGGAGAAAGAGGGUCUGUGGCUGAACGUUGUCGUGAAAGAGGAGAAAGAAGAAGAGGAUGUCACAGUAACAAAAGUAGAGGAUGAGGAUGUUGCAGUGAAAGAAGAGAAAGAGGAGGAUCCCGUUUUUGGAGUGAAGGAGGAGGGAGAGAUAACUGUCGUAUUGGAAGAAGAAGAGGAGGAUACUGGAGAUCUGAUUAACCCCAGCGAGAGACCAGACUCUCACUCUGACAGUGGAAAGGGUCCUUCAGGGGAACGAGACCCAGAGACGCCCAAACCAGCGAGACCUCACCACUGCUCCCAGUGUAAUAAGAGUUUUAAGUGGUUAUGUAAGCUGAAAAAGCAUGAGAAAAUACACACAGGAGAGAAGCCUUUCCAAUGCUCCCAGUGUGGAAAGAGUUUUACCCAGUUAGGGACACUGAAAAGGCAUGAGAGAAUACACACAGGAGAGAAGCCUUUCCAAUGCUCCCAGUGUGGAAAGGGUUUUACACGAUUAGGGAACCUGAAAAAGCAUGAGGGAACACACACAGGAGAGAACCCCUUACAAUGCUCUCAGUGUGGAAAACGUUUUACCAAGUUAGGGAACCUGAAGGAGCAUGAAAGGACACACACAGGGGAGAAAUCUUACCGUUGCUCUCUGUGUGGAAAGGAUUUUACCAAGCUAGGGAGCCUAAAAGUACAUAAAAGAAUACACACGGGAGAGAAACCUUUCCAGUGUUCUCAGUGUGGAAAAGGUUUUACACGGUUAGGGCAUCUGAAGGAACAUAAAAGAAUACACACAGGAGAGAAACCUUUCCAAUGCUCCCAGUGUGGAAAGGGUUUUACCUUGUUAGGGAACCUGAAUAUGCAUGAAAAAACACACACAGGAGAAAAGCCUUACCAAUGCUCCCAGUGUGGAAAGAGCUUUACACAGUUAGGGAACCUGAAGGAGCAUGAAAAGACACAUACAGGGGAGACAUCUUACCAUUGCUCUCUGUGUGGAAAGGAUUUUACACGGUUAGGGAACCUGAAAAGGCAUGAGAGAAUACACGCACUCUUUCCAAUGCGCCCAGUGAGGAGCAGGACUUGGAACCGGUUCAGGGAACAGAACCUAAACCCGGAAAAGAGCAAAACAUUUGAGGAACAGAAACAGAACCGAUAACGAAAGUGAUCUCUACCGUUCAUGAACGGAACCGUUAUUUUUGAAAAGCUUGGGAACCGGUUAAUGUUAUUUUAAAAGUAAUUGUGGAAAUCUAAAUUUUCAAAGUUAUUAUUCUGUUAAAAUCAUACCCAAAUAAUGUCUACUCGUAUUUUAUACACCUGUGAGCAAAAAGGUGUAACUGAAAUAACAAAAUCCAAUCAUUUGAAGUGGUGUCCGUUUGACCGUGUGUGGACCUCAUCAAUGUUCCCAUUUAUUUUACCUUUAUUUUACUAGGCAAGUCAGUUAAGAACAAAUUCUUAUUUUCAAUGACGGCCAAGGAACAGUGGGUUAACUGCCUGUUCAGGGGCAG